GUCGAUUCCAGACGUCCCUCAUAUCGCGGUUUUUUCCACGUUAUUAUCUUGUAUUACAUUAGUCAUAGCUGUAUUGUCCAGUAAGGUUCUUCUUGAAAAUGGCUUCUAAAGAAAAAAGUAGCAAAAGCAAACAUUAUACAGAUAUGGAAAAGAAAGUAUUUCUACAAAUACUUGAUAAAUACAAACAUGUAAUAGAAGUAAAAAAAAAUGACAGCACAACAUUAAAAGAUAAAGAUGUUGCAUGGGGCGAAAUAUGCAAUGAAUUUAAUCAGUCAACGUUAAUUUGUCACGAGAGAACUGCUCAGCAAUUAAAGAAAUUAUGGGCAAAUCUAAAGCAAUAUCAACGAGAAGCAUUAACAAAGGAGAAACAGUCAUUUAUGGCAACUGGUGGAGGACCACAGGAGACAAAAAUAGAAGUCGAUCCUGACAUUGCCAAUAUCGCACCCCAUUUGAUGAAGACCGCACCAGUAUUAUUUUCAUCUAAUAUGACAGAAACUGAAAUUCAAGAUAAACAUGACUUGGUGUUUGAUCUCAUAUGUACUGACGAAGGUAUAGAAGAAUUGUCUAAUACAGGACAUGUGAUAAACAUAAGUGAUGUAGAAAGUACUACUGCUUCGCCAGGAAGCUGUAAAAAAGAAUUGAUGACAUCACACAGUAUAGAUAUGCCAAAAAUACAUUUAAAUAAUGAUAAAAAAAAACCACAUAUUUUGAAACGAAAAAGAAAAGAUUUGCUGGAAGCAUCAAAUGUAGAAGAGGAAUUACGAAUACAAAGACUACAUAACAUUAUAAGACAAGAAGAAAAAUUAGCAGACAUUAAGUUAAAACACGAAGAAAAAGUAACACUUAUGAAAGAGGAGCAUUUAAAAUUAUUUAACGACAUGCAAUUGAACCAUUUAAAAGUCAUACAAAAAUUAGAAAUAGAAAUAAAGAAAUCAGAGCUAAAAAGUAUCGAAUUAGAUAAAGAAAAUAUAGAUUUACUCAUUAAAAAAUAAAUUUUACUACCGUAUACUAUAAAUAAGCCGUAAACUGUAAAUUAUAAGUGACGAUAACCCCG